AUGGACAUGACGUAUCUCCGGUACUUUAUUGAUUUGACUACAGUUCAUGAGUGGAACUGGGGGGCCGCCAUUCUGAGCUGGAUCAUCUCUUACUUCCACCGCAUCCACAGUUACUUCCACCGCAUCCGCAGCUAUGAUCCUGAUCCCUUGUACAUUGACGCCAUGCCAAGGGCUGCACGAUACAUCCUCCAUAGGGGAAAUCAGAAAGUAGGGCCAUAUCGUGUAUACCUCGAUCGUACCGCUCACGAUGACAUUAGGUGGACGCUCUUCAGUGAUUACGCUGAUGUUGUCCCAUUCGGCCGCAUCGCAUUAUAUUCCGGAUGGUUGGCAUAUGGGGCCAACACCAUGAUAUCUCCAUUUGAGGCUACUGCCGACACCGUUACCCUCCGAGAUCUCACUGCUAUCUUUCAGGAUUGGGCGCAUCACAUGGUGCCAGAUGAGUAUCGGAGCAUGCGGGCCACCCAGAGAUGGCACUGUGUAGAUGGGUAUGUGACAUGGUUUUAUCAGGUGUAA